AUGGCGUGGUACUCCAUCCUUCCGCCAGAGCUUACCCACCUCGAGAGCUGGGUAGCUCGCCUCUUUCCCCUGUGUUAUGACGCAGUCGCUAAUCUACCCCGGAUUCCGCAGUUCUUCCUCGGUCUCAUCACCAUUGGGCCCUGGGCUUUUCUCGUACUCCUUGAUGCAACCGUUUGGAUAUAUCGAUUGAUCCUUUGGGAGGUCCCCUAUAUUGGUGGACGAGCACGUGGUCGACAGCGCCCUCGCGCGCCAAGCUUGAAUGAACGUCUGGGCGGGCAACGGAGGGCGUUCGGACUACUCGGUGUGGAGACAGAUACCGGUGAUAACGAAGGGGGGAUCGAGAUGACUCUUCGGGGCUGGAUAGGGAGAUCCGAAAGGAGAAUGUGA